AUGGCAGUAGAAAUGGCCGGUGGUGAGGACGAGGGGAAACCAGGGGACGUCUACUUCGUGAGCGUGAAGAGGUUGCGGAAUGGAGGAAUGGAGUUUGAAUUGAACUUGACUGCUGCGGCGGCAUGGGCGACACGGGACGCUAUAAAGAAAAAGAUCAUCAGCAACUUUGGAUACGAGGCGGAGAUCAAGGACAAGGGAUUCGCAGUACUCAUUGAGAACAUGCCACUAUACUUCCACCCGGAAGAAGAAGAUCAAAUGACGGUGGCGAAGAUCAAUGGAUGGGACAACCACGACUUCCUGCGGGCAAGAUGGAUCAAAGCGCUAAAGAGGAGGAGACCCGGCCAGACCAGCGCGCACGUAACAGCCACUCUCUGGAUGGAAAAGAUCACCAAUGACGCGAUUAGAUGGGGGAUAACAAUCCGAGGUGCAAUAGAUGUCAAAGGUUUGGGUGCCACUACGCAGCACAAUGCUGAGAAAUCCACAACACUUGCGGAACGUGCGGCAGCAUCUCGCACGCAACCGCCAAAUGCGGGACACGCCACUUGGAGCCGCGACUGCCCGACCCUGAAGGAGAAGAAUUGUGAGGUCAACGAACAAUUCCCGGAAAACGCAUGCAAGUACUUCGUGACGGACGACCCCAACACCUGGGAACAAACACGGCAACAGAACAAGAACGACUGGACCACUGUACCAGUAAGGAAGGGUUUCUAA